GUACAUAUUAUGAAUCAUUCAAAAGAAAAUAUUUUGUUUUCAGUUCAUUUAUUUGUGAAACUUCGUUUUACUUACACUGGUAAAAUAUGUUGUGUCCUGGAUAUUUUUUAUUUUCUGUUUAUCUGUUUAUAUUCCAAAAACAAGUUUUAGGGUCAUGUCCACAAAACUGUGCGGGAUGCUCUAACGGCGACGAAUGUGACAAAUGCAACCCCGGCUACUUGUUAAAAGAGGACAACUUCUGUUACAAUUGUCCUGAUAAUUGUGAACAUUGUACAAACGGUUCACAAUGUACAAAAUGCAAGUCGGCAUUCUGGGAUAUACGGCCUUACAUGAAUUGUGGGUCUAACUGUAGUAGAACCUGUACUUUGAGCGGAUGCAAUGAUACAACAGGACACUGCUUUGGGUGUCAUCCAGGCUUUUAUGGAGUUACCUGCGCUCGUAGUUGUGACCUUUGUAUUGACAAAUCGUGUAAUAAUCACAAAUGUACAACCGGAUGUAUGGAUGGAUACUAUGAGGAUGCAGAAUUUGAAUUUGAAUGCAAAAAAUGUCAUAAUAACUGCUUGUCAUGUGUAAGUAAAUCCAACUGUACACUGUGUGAAAUGGGCUACUAUAUUUUUAGCUUUACACAUUCUGGUAUUAACUUCUGUCAUGCAUGCGAUCCGCCAUGUGAAGAAUGUAUAAGCUCCACUGAAUGUGUCUGCAAGUCGGGAAAAUACGGACCUACUUGCAGUAAAAGCUGCAAUAUUUCAAACUGUAAGAAUUGCACCGAUGUUGGCAGUGUUGUAAAGUGUACAGAAUGUAUAAGCGGAUACAAAAGUAUGAACGGAUCCUGUAUUCAUGGAACAAAUCUUUGUUCGCAGUAUUGUUUAAAUGGUUGUGAUAUCAACCAAAAUUGUUUAGAUGGUUGUCAAGAUGGCUGGACAGGCAAGAAAUGUACAGAGAAGUGUUCUUACCAGUGUAGAAAAUGCGACCAGAAUGAUGCAAAUAUUUGCAAAAUAUGCGAUGGAGACUUUUAUACAGCAACUUGCACGCUCCCUUGUAGUUUACAUUGCUCGGCUUUACCAGGUUCCCCGAAAUGCAAUAUAAAUAACGGAAUAUGUUUAAAUGGAUGUGAUAAUGGAUACUGGGGUGUUAACUGCGACAACAGAUGUUAUGAAGGUUGCAACUCAGACACAUGUAACCAGUCAGACGGUUUCUGUGACAACUGUACUCGCACGCAUUACGGGCACGCUUGUCAAAAUAGAUGUAGUGAACAUUGUGUUGAUAACGAUGCCUCAUCUGCAGUUUGUUAUAAAUUAAAUGGGACAUGUUUGUACGGAUGUCAAGAUGGAUACGGAGGCAAAACAUGUGAAGAUGAACUUUCAGUCAGUACGAUGGUGUCAUUAUCAAAAGUGCCAAAUGUUCCGACAACAGCAAAAACUGAAAUAACAGGGAUCACUGAGCAGCAACGUUAUAUAAUAGUAAUCGGUGCCGGAGCAGGUGGAGGACUACUUGUCGUUCUCAUUGUAGUCGUUAUAGUUGUGUGCAUUGUUAGAAGACAACGAAGGAAAGGCAGUGAUUCACCUGGUGACGAUAAUGGUCAGUUCAACAGACAACGCCCGUUCACCGAUUCAGACAACUUGUAUGCACAACCAAACAAGCCAAGAAAAGAACAAAAUGAAGAUUACAUUUACGCUCAGCCAAACAAACCAAAGAAAAGCUUACACCACAAGAAGGAAGAAAUCAGUGUACCACAAAAGGCGUAUGGCAAUGUUGUAAUUGAUCUUGAUACCGAAGUAGAUAGAAAUGAAGGCAGAGAUGGUUAUCAUAUUGCUGCAGAUGAAGCAGUUUCAGAGGAAACUGAUGUAGAUGCAGUUUUGCUGGAAAAUAUUGAUGAUGAGCCUAAAAGCAUCGUAGUAACAGAUGUGAACAUUCCUGAUUCGGAUACGUAUUAUAAUAUGGCUGGCUUAAUGAGGAGUCGAGUUCUAAUCUCAAAACUAUUUGAGUACAUGAAGAACAAAACGGAUUUUGAAAAUGAAUUUGAGAAAUUGCCAAAAGGUUUGACUAGAACUUGCAAUGAAGCACUGAAGCCUCAUAACCUGGUCAAAAAUAGAUACAACGGUAUAUAUGCAUAUGAUGCUACACGUGUCGUUCUACGUAGUAAGAAUUUUAUCAACGCGAAUUAUGUUGACGGUCAAGGUCAGUCACACAUCUCUUACAUUGCAUCUCUUGGUCCUACUGCAACCACUAUGAACAAUUUUGAAACAUUUUGGGAGAUGGUUUGGCAAGAGAAUUCAAAUAAAAUUGUUAUGUUGACGAAUUUGGAGGAGUCUAAGAAAAUGAAGUGCGAAAAAUACUGGCCAAACAGAAGAAGUCACAAUAUCUAUGGAAAUUUUACAGUGACUUCCAUUGCUGAGAAGGUGUUUUCGAACUUUGUCGUUCGAGAGUUUACCGUAGAUCAGGUGAUGUAAAGUGAUUAUAAA